AUGAGUGAGCAGCAGCUGAAUAAAGUUCAGAUACGAAGGUCUGAUUCGAACUCAGAUCCCGAUGGUAGCACUUCGAAAUUGAGCCAUUCUGAUGGACAAGGCUCGCAGCCAAUGGUCAGAAAUAAGAGCGGAAGUAGUGGCAGUAGUGAAUGCAAUAGCGUUGGAGGUGAGGAUUUGUGUGUGUACGACCAUAUCUACAAGGGAAUCAAAGGGUUUCUUUCUAGAAGAACAAGUCUUGGCGGAUCGUACAGUAGCAGCAAUAGCAGCAGCAAUAAAGUUGGGGAAAGAGAACUUUGCGGGCCGUUGACAUAUGCACUGUCUAGUAAUCUACGGAUUGAGUCGAUAAACUCGCAGCUGGGGUCGUUCCCGUCGUCAGGAGGAGCCAUGGAUUUUCCUCUUGUUAAAGUCACACGUCGGAAGCGGGUGAAGUAUACGUUCCACAUCGACGAGAACGUGAUCAGCUGGAAUAACAGUAAGAAGGAGAUAUUUGUUGAUAGUAUCAAGGAUAUACGGAUUGGCGAUUUGGCUACAAAUUACAUGGAUAUGUACGAUAUUCGGGGGCCCAUGAGGGAAUUAUGGUGCACGAUUAUCUAUUCUGUGAGCAAGAAUAAAUUGAAGGCAUUGCAUGUGGUUGCGGACAAUAAGGUUGUGUUUCAGUCGUUCUACGACUCUGUGGUGUAUUUGAUCAACUCUAGGAGGAGGCUAAUGGAGGAAAUAGCGCUACCGAACAAUGAGCAGUUUGCGAACAUUCAUUGGCAGACGAAUGUUUCGACGAAGAAAGAGGACCAGGAGAAGGAUUCGCUUUCGUUCCCCGAUGUGAAGCGUCUUUGCAACAGGUACCACAUAUACUGCUCGGAUGCGUAUCUUCGUGUGUUGUUUGAGAGAGCAGACACCAACCACAACGGGCUUCUCAAUUUCGCGGAGUUCCAGGACUUUGUACGGUACCUACGGUUCAGGCCCGAGGUGCAAAUUAUUCACGACGAAAUGAAGGAUGCUGAUUCUGGGAUGGUUGGGUUUGAGAGUUUCUACCGGUUCUUGAACAAUGUCCAAGGGGAAGUGAUGUCGCGGACGUACGCGUAUAAGGUUUUCCGCAAGUUUUGCACGUCGCCGCUAGACGAUUCGAUGGACAUGAAUGGCCUAUUGGAGUUUUUAACGAAGCAGCCAUUCUUAAAAUUCUUCGAAGAAGAUUACUCUAGGCCAUUGAACGAGUACUUUAUCUCGUCUUCUCAUAACACUUAUCUAAUGGGCAAGCAAUUGGUGGACGAGGUCAGCGUGGAGGCGUAUACAAGAGCGUUGCAGCAGGGGUGUCGGUGCAUUGAAAUUGACAUUUGGCAAGGCGAUCAUGGGCCCGUGGUGUGCCAUGGUCUUUUCACGCAGUCGAUCCCGCUAGAAGAUGUGAUAAAGACUAUAAGAAAAUACGCUUUCAUCACUUCUCCAUACCCGUUAAUCGUCUCAUUAGAGAUCCAUUGCAAGAAGGAUUUCCAAGCCAUGAUCUUUGAUAUCAUGAAAGAGAUAUUGGGUGAUCUCAUCUACGUUAUUCCGCCCAAUUCUCAGCAACUGCUGUCGCCAAUGGAGUUGAAAAACCGCAUUAUAUUGAAAAGCAAGAAGACGCAAGCGUUUGAGAGCGAUAGUGCAAUGUCGACCACUUCGGGAGGAGCCACUUCCUCUUCUCCCUACGACACGCUAUCGGAAUCUGGCGACUCUAUAAUCGAGAGUGGCAGAAGGACUGGUUCCUUCGGCAAUACCAAUCUGAGCCCGACUGUGUCGAGAAAAAGUGUGAACGGGGCGAGUAGUACUAGUGGGAGAUCGCUAAGGCUUUCGAGCAAAGUGGAGAUAUCAGAGCAGAUUUUGGAAAUUUCGGGCAUCCACGGCGUAAGGUUCAGGAACUUUUCGCUACCGGAGUCCAAGACCACUACGCAUUGUUUCUCGCUAAACGAAAAGAAGUUCUUGGCCUUGUACAAGGACGAGAUACAGCGUCUUGCCAUCAACAAGCACAACCGCAGACACCUGAUGAGGGUUUAUCCGCACGUCUGGCGGUACAAAUCGACGAACUUCAACCCGAUCCAGUUUUGGGUCGAGGGAGUGCAAAUGGUGGCGACGAACUGGCAGACGUACGACUUGGGCCAGCAGUUGAACCACGCCAUGUUCCAAGUGUCGCUCGAUAGAAACUCCAUCUGGCAUUCGGGAUACGUCUUGAAACCGCCGCACUUGCGGAGAGAAGUGCACAAGAUGAAGGACAUCCCUGCGAUCGUUGAGCGGGUGAAACGGCAGAAGAUAAACGUGCAAGUGGACAUACUAUCGGGCCAGAUGCUGUCGCUACAGCACAGCAAGGUGAUAGCGCCCUACGUUGAGAUAGAGAUAUAUACCGAUAACGGUGUGGAGUCGCUAAAGCUGACGAACUGCAUACAGGAUGAGGGUUGCACUAGCACUUGUACUAGCACCACCACCACUGGUGGUGGUGCUGGUAGUGAUUGUAGUGGUAGUGACCCCAACAAAGAGGAUCGCUGGAGUACAGGAGGCACGCCUCUUUUCGCUACCAAGUACGUCAGGGACAACGGGUUCAACCCGGUGUGGAACGCCUCGUUCCAGUGUACGCUCACGAACACCACGUUCAACUUCGUGCGAUUUACAGUCAAGAAUGGCGGCCAGGUCGUCGCUACCUCGUGCAUCAGACUCCACUACUUGAAGCAGGGCUACAGACACUUGCCCUUGUACAACUCCAAGGGCGAGAAGUUUAUCUUCUCGACCUUAUUCAUAAGAAUGAACGGAAGGUCGCCGUUGAAGAAGAGAAACGUUUUGUCGAGCAAGAACGUGAAUGUGAAUGCAACAGGCCAUGCGAAGCUGGUGUCGAAACCGGGUGUUUCUGGGUCGCGUGGGUCUCCUGUGAGGUCGAGGACGAAGAUAGACGUGGAGCAGGCUCUACAAAGCAGUCCUGUGAGGCAGGUGAGGUCGGGGUCAAAGUCACCUAUUAAGUGUGGUACUACUAGUACCACUACUAGCACCACCUUCACCUUUUACGAAGAAAGCGAGGAGGAUAGGGCUGCUGCGCUGGUGAGACACAUGACGCUGAGACGGUCAGCGGUUCACGAUGAGAACGAAACGGAGCAGGAGAACCAGAACCAGAACCAGAAACUGGAGCCCUCGAGGGUCCACACACAAGACACACAGAAACACAGAAAACCGCUGCAGGAUCUCGAUAUCGACAAGUAUCCGGGCACGGUACAGUACGCUGGCGGGCGCGAGCAAAGACUGACGCUGCAGCUGGGCCACCAGCGGGCGCUGCCGGUGGGCGUGACUCCGCCAAGAGACAAGAAGGUGCGUGAUUUCUUUGGAGGGAAGCAGGGCGGUGCCCUUGAGGCUGCGACUCCCUCGAGCUCGACGACAGACGACAUUCCACUGAACAAGGUGGUCAGAAAGCUCGAGUUUCGCAUUGCUGAGGGUGAGUAG